UGGACACAGGAUGCUACAACAUGAUCACUGAUACACAACUUGUUUUCUUCUCAUCAAUGGAUUUGUACUGAUUUGAAAAGAAUGGAUAAAAUAUUGGUUAAAGAUAGUUGUGAUCUGUACGGCCGACCCGCCCGCAGGACACAAUGGAUAGCGAGUACCCUGGCUUACCACUACGGACUGGAUCGGGGAGUAGAGAACGAAAUUAUAGUUCUGGCGACCGGACUGGACCAGUAUCUGCAGGAGAUCUUCCACCACAUGGACUGUACAGGAGAUGGGAAGAUAUCCAUGGAGGACUUUAAUAUUCUGUGUGAGAUCUUGGGGUUGAACAAAGACUCUGAGUCGGAGGAGUGUGUGGGGGUCCUGGAUAAUCUGCCCAGUGAGUUUACCUUCAGGCAGUUCCACGCUAAACUCUGCGGAUACUUCAGCACCAAGGCUGGGUCCCAGUAUGAGAACGGGAGGUUACUGGUCGGGAAAGACAGCGAGCAUAUAGAGACUCAGAUCCGCCUGAGGAUCCCUCUGAGGCGGCGAAAGAAGAUGCUAUCUCUGGGGACCGGUGGGAGAGAGAGCCGGGGAUCGUCACCGAACUCAGAUAGACAUUUGCCGGGCUGUCGGCAGCUGCGCGCCUCCUGCACCCGGGAGUGUUACGAGGAGAUUGUGGCUCUGGAGGAAGCAGAGGAAAGGAUAACUAAACUACAGGAUGAGAAUGCCAGUCUGAGGGAGCUGGUGGAGGAUAUGAGGGCGGCUCUACAGAGCAGUGAUGCCCGCUCCCUGGCACUACAGGUAGGACUGUUGAAGAGCCACUCCAAACACGAAUCAGAGGGCGGCUGCUUCAUCGCUCAUCACAAACUAUCUGUCCGGACGACCCACAGCAGCAACAACUGCCAUGGGAACACCAAGACCCACAACCUCAGCCACAUCAAGACGACCCACAGCAGCAAUCCCAGCAGCCAGCAUGACCCCAGCCAGUACUCUAGCCUGAAGACCAGUAGCCAGUACACUAGCCUGCAGAGCCUCGUCCAUGAGAUUGACCCGAUCCACAGCUCUCCGAAUGGGCAGGUGGAGGAGGCCAUUCUGUUUAAUAAAAAGCUGGAACAAGAGCUGAGGUCGUCGUGGGAGGCAGUGUCGGAGUUAGAGGGGUGUAACAGGGCACUGCAGGUGGAGCAGGGGGACAUGAGGAGGAAGGUGGAGGAUGCCCGUCAGGCGCUGGUCAGUGGAAUGGGGAAGGUCAAAGAGCUGGAGGCUAAAGCCAGCAGAGUACCAGUCCUACAGAGACACAUCCAGCAGCUGGAGGCUAAAGCCAGCAGAGUACCAGUCCUACAGAGACACAUCCAGCAGCUGGAGCAGAAGAUGCUCUACUACAGGUUAACACGACUGUACCUUCAGGAAAAAAAGCUUUAG